AUAGAUAAAUAAAUAAAUAAAUAAUAAUAAAAAAAAUAUUCUAUUUAACUUGGGAAAGAAUUUCUACAGCAACGUGGCGGAUCAUUUAUUGCAAAGUUCAUAUCCGAAAUGGGUAAUGCAACAUCUUUAUACACGGAUCACAGGAUUGUAACUAUCAGCCCGAGCAACGAUCCAGAGCAAACAAUUUUUCCAAAUAAUCGGAUUAUCUCCAAAAAAUACACACUAUGGAACUUUGUACCAAAGAAUCUCUUUGAGCAGUUCAGACGGAUUGCGAACUUUUAUUUCCUUAUAAUGACGAUAAUAUCUGUGAUGAUAACAUCUCCAAUUUCUCCAUUGACCAGCGUUCUCCCUUUAAGUUUCGUCAUAUUAGUGACCGCGUGCAAGCAAGGCUACGAAGAUUAUAAUCGUUACAUGGCAGACAAACGAGUAAACCGAACAUUCGUCAAAGUCAUUCGCAACAAGUGCGUACAGAAUAUACAUUGUGAAGAAAUAGUAGUCGGAGAUCUAGUGAAGGUAUACCGCGAGCAAGAUGUUCCUUGCGAUCUCCUGCUUCUCUUUAGCACAGAAGACACAAAACGUUGCUACAUCACUACAUCGAACCUCGAUGGUGAAACCAAUUUAAAGAGCGUGAUGGUACCAAAGAUACUGUCAAAAAUGACUAUGUCGCAAAUAGCAUCCAUGGAGGCUACUGUCACAUGCCAACAUCCCUCAUCCGAUCUUUACAACUUUCACGGCAAGCUAGAAAUAAACAAUAAAAGCAACGAAGUCAAUGGAUAUCUGACGAUCAAUAAUUUAUUGCUUCGUGGGUCCAGAUUGAAAGAUACAGAUCAUAUUAUCGGUUGCGCGAUUUACACCGGUCACGAUACGAAGCUGUCUCUCAAUUCAAAGAUAAGGAGCAACAAAUUUUCCACAGCUGAGAAGUCAAUCAACAAACACAUCGCCUUGUUCAUCAUGUUAUUGCUGGUCGCAGUAAUAGAAUCCUGUAUGAUGAAAAUCAUAUCGGACGCGAAAGAGAAAUGGGAAGUGUAUCUUUCGAUUAAGGAAUCCAUUACGUUCAAAUCGCUGAUCACGGAUUUCUUGAGCUUCACCAUUUUGUACAAUUACAUUGUGCCGAUAUCGUUAUACGUUACCAUAGAAUUACAGAAAUUCCUCGGUUCGUUUUUCUUCGUCUGGGACAUCGACAUGUACGACAACGUUACGAAUCAGUCGGCGUUGAUCAACACGUCAGAUCUGAACGAAGAGCUUGGUCAAGUAGAGUACUUGUUCACGGACAAGACCGGCACGCUCACCGAAAAUCUGAUGGUGUUUAGACGAGCCUCGAUCAAUGGGAAAGCUUACACGGAAAAAGACUGCGAUGGCAAUUUAUAUCUACUGCCUUCUAACGGGGAUGAGAAUCAAGCAGUCAAGUUAGAAACCUGGGAGCCAGACAUUUGGCAUUUUAUGAUAAGCAUCUCUUUGUGCCACUCGGUUCAAAUCUCACCACCGAGCCAAAAACCCAACAUCAUCCGCAGACGCACGGAAUACCGUGAAAGCUUCAAACAAAAGAAGAUCCUGCAACUGAAUAGUUCACUGCUGAUGGAUCCUGAUUUACCGGAAUACCAGGCAGCAUCAGCAGAUGAAAAGGCUUUGGUCGAAGCCAGUGCCAGAUGCGGAGUCGUUUUCCAAAAAAGCACCACCGACACAAUAGAGUUGAGAAUCGACGACAACGUUCUGACUUUCGAAAAGCUCGAAGUUUUGGAAUUCACGUCGGAACGGAAAAGAAUGUCAGUAAUAGUAAAAGACACGGCUGGUGAUUUCUGGUUAUACUGCAAGGGUGCUGACUCCGCUAUGUUUCCACUAAUUGUCUCGGGGAAAAUCAACGAAGCAAUCGCACACGUAGCCGAUUUCUCUAUGAGAGGUCUUCGAACCCUCGUCGUUGGGUACAAGAAAAUGAAUCAAAUCGAAUAUGACCAGCUACUGCAGAAAGUGGAACAAGCUAGACAAAUAAUUGGAAUCGAACGAGCAGUAUACAUGGAACGAGCUUACAACCAGAUGGAAAACGGCCUCACUUUAUUAGGCGUAACCGGUAUCGAGGAUCGUCUUCAAGAAGGUGUACCGGAAACGCUGGAGUGCUUGCAAGUAGCUGGCAUUAAAGUGUGGGUGCUGACUGGCGACAAAGCAGAAACUGCGGAAAAUAUAGCAUUUCUUUGCGGUCAAUUCAAGAGUGGUACCGAGAUACUAAGAUUCUUAGAAAUAAUCUCAGAUCAAGUUUGCUCGCUCAAACUUAUGGAUUUUGAGCGAAGAAUAAAGCUCGAGCCUAACAGACAGUACGGAUUACUAGCCGAUGGAUGUAGUAUUGCAACUGCGCUAAACAAUCAUGCGGCACAAUUCAGAUCAAUUGCAAUGUCCUGCGAUGUGGUUGUUUGCAGCAGGCUAACACCAUUACAGAAGAGUCAAAUUGUAAGUUUGGUCAAAAACGGGAAAAAUGGACCGCACACCGCCGCUAUUGGCGACGGAGGGAACGAUGUCUCGAUGAUACAGGAAGCUGACGUUGGAAUCGGAAUAAUGGGCAACGAAGGUCGACAAGCGACAAUGUGCUCCGAUUUUGCAAUAGCAAGAUUUAGGUUUUUAAAGAAAGCUUUGCUGGUGCACGGCCAUUGGUAUUAUGUUAGAAUCAGCACGCUGACACAGUUUUUUUUUUACAAGAAUUUUAUCUUCAUUACGCCACAAGUGUUAUAUAACACGUAUACAGGUUUCUCUGCGCAGCCGUUUUACGAUGCCUUGUUCUUUAUGCUUUACAAUGUAAUAUUCACGUCUUUGCCAAUAUUGGCGUAUGGAUUGUUUGAACAAAAUUUCACAGCUGACAAACUAUUACGCAAACCGUAUUUGUACAAACUGCAUCGACGCAAUUAUUUGUUAACCGGUUGGCAAUUUUUGUUAUGGACUGCUCUAGCUUUAUGGCAUAGUCUUAUCAUAUAUUAUAUGUCACAUGUGUAUGUAUCCAUCAAUCCUGUUACGUUGUAUAAUAACACACCGGUAGACCAAUGGACAUUCGGUACAUUUGUUUUUCAUUUAGUUACAUUAGUGGCCAAUCUACAGAUACUACUGCGUAGUUGCUAUUGGACACUACCGCUCGUAUUAAUAGUAACAUUGUCAGAACUAACGUUCAUUGUAUUUACUCUUUUUUAUUCGUUCGUUCCCACAAGGUACGACGGUGAUAUGUUAAGAGUCUUCCCGACGUUAUUAUUGUCGAUAACGUUCUGGUUAUUAACUAUCAUGAUUGUCAUUGUUUGUUUAAUUCCCGAUUGUUUGGUAGUUGUAUACAACAAGUACAGGCCUGCUCGCAUAAUGAGAAGGAACGAAGAACCGCGACAGCACAUUAUCAGUAACAAUGCCAACGAUAAUACAGAAAAUAGGGAACGCCUUCCUAGUAUAAUACCAUGGAAAUUCUCUUUCAUACCGCAGAAACCCAAAUGAAGUGGAACCAGAUUGGAGAACUUCGAUUCAAAUCACAUUAACAAAUUGUUCCUUGUAUCAUACAAAACGUAAAUCGUUUGUUAAUUUAUCAUUCGUUCGCUGGAUGGAUAUAUAAAUAUCUGAUGAUAUGAUAAAUUGAAUAAAGAUGAAGAUUAUGUCAUGUUAUUUCCGCCGUCUAAUAAUAACAGCAUUAUUUGUCUUAUUGCUGUUUUGUGUUGUUCAAGUUUUUCGUUCUGAAUUGGGAUUUAAUGACAAUGAUUUGUCAAAUUUGGAUAAAUUGGAAGGAGUUGUGGCUUGCAAACUACCCCAAUUAGAUAUUUCCAAUCCAGAAAUCAUCAAAUUUAUUCAUGAUGUUCCUCCUUUGCAAUGUACACCAGAAGACUGGGUUAUUCUUCAUGGUUCAAAACUAGUUAUCAGCAGUAAAGCAAAGAAAAAAUAUGGAUCUGUGAUUUGUUCUUUCAGUGAAAUUCUUAGAAAUGAUGAUUACAAUAUAUUAUUUGAAACUGCUGUUGAGUCUGAUGAUUUCUAUGUUCUCAAACAUAGUGAUUUUGUUGAUGUAAAAUGUGAAUCAAAAGAUGGAAAUAAAUGGCAUAGUAUUAUGGUUGGAGUAAAGGAUGAUCCUAAAGUAAAAGAAAAAAAUAAAUGGGAAUAUGUUGGGAACAAGGCCCUUAAAUUAAAUGUACUUAUGUUUGGCUUUGAUUCUCUAUCUAGAAAUACAUUUAUACGUAAAUUGCCAAACACAUAUCAAUAUUUGAAAGAAUACCUGGGAGCUUUAAUACUAGAAGGAUAUAAUAUAGUAGGUGAUGGAACACCGCAAGCUCUUAUUCCUAUUCUUACUGGAAAGAUUGAACUUGAACUUCCAGAUACUAGAAAACGCAUGGGAGCGAAGGCAAGCUACAUUGAUGUAUAUCCAAUGAUAUGGAAUCAGUACAAAGAGAAUAAUUAUAUAACAGGAUUUAUGGAAGAUGUUCAUCAUAUUGGAACUUUCACAUAUCGUUUAAAAGGUUUUAAAAAACAACCGACUGAUCAUUAUAUGAGAACAUUUUAUUUAGCUGCUGCACCAUAUUUUAGAUAUUAUAACAAAUUUUGCAUUGGAAGCAUUCCUAGACAUAUGGUAAUGCUGAAUUAUAUUAAAGAAAUUUUUAAUGUCUACAAACAUCAACCAAAGUUUCUAUUUGGCUUUCAUGGAGAACUUUCACAUGAUUCUUAUAAUGACAUAGGUGUAGUAGAUAAUACAGUAUUGAUAUUAAUGAGCGAUCAUGGACAUAGGUUCGAAUGACAUACAAAAUUAUAUUAAUAGAGUUAUGCAUAAAAAAAGAACCAAUAUUGCAAAUUUUGUUUUAUAGGUUUGCAAAAAUUCGUAAUACUUUACAAGGUAAACAAGAGGAAAGACUACCAUUCUUUUCGUUCAUUUUUCCUCCUUGGUUUAAAAAAGUUUAUCCAGAAGCUUAUGCAAAUUUUGUACACAAUACACAUUAUUUAACAACACCAUUUGAUGUGCACAAAACAUUAGAAAGCAUAUUAAACUUUGAAAUACCAAAAGUUGGAGAUCGGCAUCAAAGAGCCAUUAGCUUAUUUGAUAAGAUACCAUUAGAUAGAACGUGUGCAGAUGCAUUUAUAGAACCACAUUGGUGUGCAUGUCUUAAUUGGCAAGAAAUUUCAAUCGAUGAUGAUAAUGUGAUUGCCGCAGCAAAAUAUUUUAUUCAAUUUCUUAAUACUUAUACGGAAGAUCAUCGUGAUAUAUGUGAAGAACUGAAAUUUAAAAAAAUAUUGUGGGCUGCCAAACUUAUACCUAAUAAAGGUUUAUUAAAAUUUUAUAAGUCUGGAGAUCAAGAUGGUUUCAUAGGAGAUUUUAGCGCAAAAACAAAAUUAACUACUGAAACUUAUCAAUUGAAAAUAAAAACGGUACCAGGAGAUGGUUUGUUUGAAGUCAGUAUUAAUUAUGAUAUUAAAAAAAAUGUUUUUUCGACCAAAAUUUCAGAUGUUAGUAGGAUCAAUAUGUAUGGAUCUCAGGCAAGAUGUGUAGAAAAUUCUUUAUUUAAUUUGCGAAAAUACUGUUAUUGUAAGGAUUAAGUGGCUACGUAGACAAAAAGUUUCAUAUAUAUUUAAAAUAGAGGAUAAUACUCUAAUUAAAGAACAAAAAAAUAUCAAAAAUAUUUACAAAUCAUAAAAAAGUGCUGUGAUUAAACUUAUAUUCUUCUUCCACUUAAUCUUUCAUUGGUCUUAUAUUAAGUCUCUUAUUUUUUAUUUGUAUCUAAUACUUUAAAACUUUAGUUACGCUUAAUUAUAAAAUCGUACUUAUAUAGAUUUAUGUUAGUUGUUAUUAUACUAUUAUUUCUAGUAUUUCAAAUGUGAUAUAAAAAGGUAAUUUUAUGUUAUUCACGUAUGGUCGCAUAAAUUUUAUAUACAGAACAGAAUAAUGCAUAAUUGAUAAUUAUAGUCUAAGUUAUUUAUUUAUUAAUCGAUACCAA